AUGCGAAUUUCGAUGCUCUCCUUGUUUUUGCUCACUUUUAAAGCGGCUGGAGCAACUUGUCCGUGCUCCGGAAUAACAGUUAACGGAACUGAUCAGGAGCACUGCUGGCAAAUCCAAUCGAGAUCUGAAGCCACUUGGGGAUCUGCCGAUGACGCCUGUGUGGCUGUUGGCGGACAUCUUGGACAUCCAUUGGAUAUCAACUACGAAGAAAUUUUGAACUAUGUUCAAAAACAAUCAAGUUUGCCUGUUCUAACCGGAAUUGUGGCUGGAAAUACAGAGAUACCUAUAUAUGGAGCAAUUUGUCAGAGCAACAAUUUUUAUGAGGUCGUCGCCAAUACAACAGGGUUUUCCAAUACGCCAACUUCAACUACUACCUGUGCGUACAUCAAAACUUCUUCCAGCGGCCUUGUUUUCGAUUCUUGCUCUAUCGAUGCUAAUGUUCUUUGUGAUAGACCACUGCAAAAACAGGAUUACUGUAGCAUCAUCGCCAACUGCUCUAGCACAACAACUUUCCUAUCCACCACCACUCCAGUCUCUUCAACAACUUCUAACAUUUCAUUAACGUCAUCAUCAACGCAAUCCUAUUCGUCAUCAACUGCAGGUGCAACUUCUUCACUUUUCACCAUAAAAGUUACUCAAUCAACCACAGCCGCAGGCAAUGGACAAGGGGGAUCUGGUUCCGGAUCGGCAACAACUACUUGCAAGUGUUCAGCAGGUGAUGUAUCCGCCACUACAGCGGCUAGUGCUUGCUCCGAGAAGUCUGGAUGCUUGAAGAAUCAAUGGAAGAUCUUUGGAAUGUGCGUCGAUUGGAGAGCCAUGCUGGCUUUGUUGCUCAUCGGACUUCUCCUGUUUUUGUGCUGCUGUAUUUGUCACUGUUGUAUGCAUGCAUGUAUGUUCUGCACUCCCGGUAAACGCGAGAAAGAAAUACGCGAUCCCAUUCUUCCAAACCGUUCUGUUGUUGCUCCAAUCCCUAUUGUGGCUCCUGGAAAAAUGGACUACGAUGUUGAGAAAUCAGAGGCCGUAAUUCUUCCACCACCGGCAAUUCAGCCAGAACCAGUGUACAUAACUGUGCCAGAGAAGCACGAAUCGGUUUAUGGAUUCCAUACAAAGGAGAUCAUCCACGUCAUGCCAGAAAAACCAACCACUCGUGAAAUAGGAACCAUGACCGAUCCUAUGGAUACUGAGCUUUCGACUAUUAUGCCGGUCCCGGUUGCGGCCCCAGUGAUGAAACGCAAGAAGGUUGUCAAAAAACCAAAAAAGAUGUUCAUCCCAGCUACUGAGGAUCCAAUCGAGGAAGAUCUUGCUGCCGAUAUCCCGAUUGAAAUGCCAGAGAGCCCUGGCGCACGCUCUGUUGCUCCCCUAGGUGACGUCGUUGAGCCAGCUCCUAUGAUCCCUCUAAAUUUCUCUCGAAAUCCGAAGCCAAUGAUGCCGGAGCCACAAUCGCAUGAUGACAUUCCGUUGCCAGUCAACAAAAGCCGAAACACUGUGCCUCCUCCAGUAAUGCAGCAGAAGCCGAACAAUGCUUCGAAUAAUGAGGAGUUUGAUCCAUCUGGAUUAAGAUCACCACCAAUCCCAGCUGGAAAACCAAAUAAUGGAACCCCAAAAAGAAUGACAUUCUCCCCAAUUGCUGAUGAGUCUGAGGAAGAAAAUGGAGCACGGAUUCCGUCACCACCGCGUGAGCGAAGAGCGUCGGGUGGAAGACCAGGAAACAAUGACGGACCGAAUCUGUCUCCAAAUGCAGCUUUAGAUCCUCAUCCAACAUUGAAGAAUCAACGGCUCAACGAAAUGCCAUCGCCAACCCCUGCGAAUGCACCUGUUCCUUCAAAAUCUCCGGUUUCUGGGGCAUCGAACAAUCCUUUUGCAAACCUUGGGGGGCCGUCUCCUGCUCCAGCAGCUGAUGGUGCUGGAAGAGCUCCACAAGAUGAUGUUGGAAUGAGAGCUGCCAGGGGAAGACUUGGAGGGGCGGUCCGUGGCGGUGGAGGUGGUGGUGAAGCUCCAAACGGCUGGAAACCUUGGGCAAAAGGUGGCGCGCGUCGUUAAGCCGAAACUAUUUCUGUUACUUUCUGGGAAUCUGUAUGGGAUUAGCAUUUGGGAUGGAUUUUCGUAAUUGCUAGUUAAAUGUCUUUUUUUAUUUCAACCUUCUAUACAACUUUCUAAUAUUCUAGAAAUAUUCUCUGCUUAAUCUUGUAAUAUUAAUCUUCAUCUUUACAAUUUUACAUUCUGUUCAAAUGAUGCAUUGAACCUUAGAAUUCUUUGCUGCAUAUGUUGCCUAGGGACACGGCUUUUUUUUUGGUCGGUUUCGCAGAAACUCGCUAAUCUGCAAUACAACCAAUCCCUUUUCAUCUCACCCUUUAAAGUUUUUAUGCGAAUAAAGACUUUUUGUUAACAA